UUAAUUUUCAUUAUUUUGCAAACAUUCAACAUUUUUUUUUCAGAGUAGAUUUAGGUAGAACUGAAGUUAAUUUUCUGGCAAUUCAGUUUCAACGUCAACCAAGGAUCUCAAUUGUCAACGUCAACCUCAAAUGUCAAAUGUUGAUAAGUCACACAGUUAUGAAAUGAUUUCAGAAUUACAUUUCAGUCUUAGUUUAUUAUUUAAUGUGUUACAACCGAAGAAAAUUCAAUUCAAAUUACUUUAUAAAGUCAUUGUUGCUAGUCCUUAUAAAUACUUAAUAUAUUAGUCAAAGGAAAUAUGUCACUUAGAUUUAAGUCGACCGAGCUACAGUGCUUCAAUUGGUUUUAUAAUAUCUCACCAUGUUUUCCAGUAAACAGUAGUAAAGUGAAUAUAAUAACGGAUCCAGGGAAAUUUUAUGAUACAUUGUGUGAAAGAUUUAAAAAUGCCAAUCGUCGCAUAUCAGUUGCUAGUUUGUACAUUGGUACAGGGGACUUGGAAAAGAAAUUACUGGAUAUUACACGGGAAAAUCUUAUGUCAAAUAAAACAUUAAAAUUGGAUGUCUUGUUGGAUUAUCAGCGAGGUACUCGCGGGGAAGUUAAUUCUCGUAGUAUGGUGCAAGAAUUAGUGAAAGUUGCUCAAGAUCAGUGUAAAUUGUCCUUAUACCAGACACCUCGUCUUCAAGGCUCCUGGUCCAAACUUCUACCUGCUCGUUAUAAUGAAAUUCUAGGACUACAACACAUGAAAUUAUACAUUACUGAUGAUUCAAUAUUAUUGAGUGGUGCCAAUUGCUCAAAUGAUUAUUUUCAAAAAAGACAAGAUCGCUAUAUUGAAAUUGAAGAUGUAGAUCUUGCAAAUUUUUAUCAAGAACUCAUAGAUGAAGUUACAAAGUUUAGUAAACAAGAUUGUAGUAAAAAUGAGACACAGUAUUCUAAGGAAACAUUAAUUAAGGAUGUUAACAAAAACAUUGUAAGCUUAAUUGACAAGUGGAAAAAGAAGCAAACUGUGAAGUUGUCUUCAGCUAAUGAUGGUACAAAGGACACAUGGGUGUUUCCUUUAAUACAGAUGGGAGAAUUUGACAUCACUCAAGAUGAAGAUGCAACCUGUAACAUUCUCUCCUCAGCACCCAAAGGAUCUUAUCUCCGAUUGGCUACUGGUUACUUUAAUUUAACUGAAAAUUAUGCCAAUACUUUGUUAAAGAUUUGCAAGGCUAAUAUCAGUUUAUUAAUGGCACAUCCAAAUGCAAAUGGGUUUUUAGGAGCAGCAGGUCCAGCUGGUGGUAUUCCGCAUGCAUAUUCAUUAAUCGCUCAAAAGUUUUGGGAAAGAGUUGUUGAUACCAAUCAAGCAAGUAGGAUACUAAUGCUGGAGUAUGAGAGACCAGAAUGGACUUUUCAUGCUAAAGGAUUAUGGUACUACCCACCUGGCAGCAGCCGGCCUUGGGCGACAGUGAUUGGGUCUGCUAACCUCGGCGAGCGCUCAGUGAAGAGAGACCUCGAGGCGCAGGCAGCCAUAUUUACCAUAUCACCUCAGUUACAGGAGAGGCUGCACAAGGAGUGUGAGAUGUUGCACCGGCACGCAGCAGAGUGCGGAGCGGCGCUGCAGAGCCGGCAGACACCGCUGUGGGUGCAGGCCACUGUCAGCUUGUUUAGAACAUACUUCUAGUGUGCAAUCAAAAAUAAAAUUUCUUUCCCACUCAUGCCUGUGUAUAGUACACAAAACAGUAUAAUUUAGCAUGUGUAUUAUUGUAAAGUGACAUUGCAAGAAAAUGGGUAGGAAAUAAUUGUUCUUAACUGUACAUGCCUGUCACCUACUCACCUUUCGAGUUUAAUUCAAUACCCGAAUAUUACAGUACUAUUUAUUUAAAAAGCAUAAGCUUUUGCAAUUAGAUACACAAACUAUGUGAGAGGUAACUUAAGUGCGCAAUAAAUUUUCGUAAAUGUGACAAAUAAAAAUAAAAUUGACUUGUAGCAUUAAAAAAGUACAAAUUUUUACUGUGAUUUUUUUUUCUAGGUACAUUAUAUUUGAUAAAAAAUUCUUUGAGUUUAGUGUACAUGACUUUAAUUGGCCUUGGAAUGUUAAAUACAUUUGGUUCGUUUUUCCAAUUCAAGACUUUUGUUUACACAUAUUUUAAGUAGACUUUUGUUUAAAUUUAUAUUGGUUUAAGU